AUGCUGCUGGUACUUGGGCGUCCCGGUGCAGGCUGUAGCACAUUGCUCAAGACGCUCGCCAACCAGCGGCAAGACUACCACCAGGUUCUUGGUGACGUGUGGUACGACGACUUCACGCCGCAGGAGAUCGAGAAGCAAUAUCGCGGCGAUGUGCAAUACUGCCCGGAGGACGAUGUCCACUUCGCGACGCUCACCGUCCAUGCGUACCCCCGCGCGCGUGUGUACGAGAUGCGUGAACAACACCGUAACACAAUGAUCGACGUUAUGACAACCAUCUUCGGUCUGCGGCAUGUCAGGGAUACACUUGUCGGCGACGCGAGUGUCAGGGGUGUUAGUGGGGGCGAGAAGAAACGUGUCUCCAUCAGCGAGGUCCUCACUGCGCGUAGCCUCCUUACAUCCUGGGACAACUCCACCCGUGGACUCGAUGCUUCAACCGCUCUCGAAUUCGUCCGUGCGCUGCGGCUGGCUACAGAUAUUGCCCGUGUCUCCACGAUUGUCUCGAUUUACCAGGCGGGCGAGCAGCUCUACCAGUUGUUCGACCAGGUCUGCGUCAUUUACGAAGGCAAGAUGGCGUAUUUCGGGCCGGCCUCCAGCGCCCGCCAGUACUUCAUCGACAUGGGGUACGAGCCCGCGAACCGGCAGACCACGGCAGACUUCCUAGUCGCAGUCACGGACCCGAACGGCCGUAUCCCCCGCGCAGGCUUUUCAGGCCCUCCUCCACCGCGCAGCGCGGACGAGUUCGCGGCGUAUUUCAAGAACAGCAAGCUCGGCCGGCUUAAUCGCGAUGACAUGCGCCGCUACCGCGAGGAGGAGAGCGGGAUGCUGGAGAAGAAGCAGAUGUACCGUCUCAGCCACCGUGCGGAACAUGCGAAGACCACGUCGAAGAAGAGUCCCUUUAUCAUCUCGAUCGCGAUGCAAGCGCGGGCCCUGAUGCUUCGUCGGUGGCAGAUCAUCCAGGGUGCGAUGGCUACGCAGGUAACCCAGGCCUUGAGUUUCGUCUUCCAGGCUAUCAUUGUCGGCACGAUCUUCCUGCGGCUGGACAACACCACCGGGACGUUCUUCUCCAAAGGCGGUGUUAUCUACUUCGCCCUUCUGUUCGGAGCUCUCUCGACCAUGGCGGAAAUCCCGGCGCUCUUCGUUCAACGUCCUAUUGUACAGCGGCACUCCCGAGCCGCGAUGUACCAUCCGUUCGUCGAGGCGCUCGCGCUGACACUCGUUGAUAUCCCAAUCACCGCUAUAACGCUCAUUCUCUUCUGUAUCAUCCUUUAUUUCCUUGUCGGCCUCCAGGAAACUGCCGGCAAGUUCUUCACGUUCGUUCUGCUCAUCUUCAGCAUGACGAUCACAAUGAAGGGCUGGUUCCGUAUGAUCGCUGCGAUGUUCAAGAGCCCUGCGCCCGCGCAAGCGAUUGCUGGAGUCUCAGUCCUCAUCUUGACCCUUUACACCGGCUACACUAUCCCGCAGCCGUCCAUGAUUGGAGCUCUUCGCUGGAUCACCUAUAUCAACCCGCUCAAGUACGGUUUUGAGGCGCUCCUGGUGAACGAGUUCCAUGGACUUCAAGCGACGUGCUCCCAGAUCGUUCCCUCAGGCCCAAGGUACGAGGGUGUUUCGCUCGCGAACCAGGUUUGCACGACAGUCGGCUCCGUCCCGGGUCAGGCGACCGUCGAUGGCAUGAGCUACGUCGCGUUAUCGUUUGGCUACGCGUACAGUCACCUCUGGCGGAACUUCGGUAUCAUCUGUGCAUUCGGCAUAGGCUUUAUCUCGCUCCUCCUGGUCAUCUCGGAAUUCAACCUCGGUCUCGCGGGGGAGUCGUCCGUCACGCUGUUCAAGCGCGGCACUAAGGUAAACAUAGACCAGCCCAAGGGCACGGCGGACGAGGAGAAGUCGGGUGCGAAAGGUGACGGUGCGUCGGUGCGGCGCGUGUCGGAGGUGUCCCAGAAGGCUCUUGAGGAGGUGCCCGGGGGCAGGAACACGUUCUCGUUCGAGAACCUGACGUACGUCGUGCCGGUGCAAGGCGGGAAACGGAAGCUCCUGGAUAAUGUCUCCGGCUAUGUUGCGCCCGGCAAGCUGACUGCGCUCAUGGGCGAGUCUGGUGCGGGUAAGACGACGCUCUUGAACGUGCUCUCUGAUCGUACGGCGGGUGGUGUCGUCACUGGCGAUCGCCUGAUGAACGGCCAGUCUCUCCCCAUCGACUUCCGCUCUCAAACUGGCUAUGUCCAGCAGAUGGACACUCAUUUACCGUCUGCAACUGUCCGCGAGGCGCUCCUUUUCUCUGCCAAGCUCCGUCAGCCCGCCUCUGUCCCGAUUGAGGAGAAAGAGGCCUGGGUCGACAACUGUCUGAAGAUGUGCGGCCUUCAAGACUAUGCGGAGGCCGUUGUGGGCUCUUUGGGCGUCGAACAACGCAAGCGCACGACUAUUGGUGUCGAACUCGUCGCGAAGCCGUCCCUGAUCUUCUUGGAUGAGCCUACGUCUGGCCUUGACUCGCAGAGUGCCUGGGCUAUCGUCUGUUUCCUGAGGAGCUUGGCGGAUGCCGGUCAGUCGAUCGUUUGCACCAUUCACCAACCGUCGGCGGAGUUGUUUGAGGUUUUUGACAGGCUGCUCCUCCUGCGCAAGGGUGGUCAGACGGUGUACUUUGGUGACCUCGGUCACAAGUCCUCGACACUGAUCAACUAUUUUGAGAGCAACGGCGGUAGAACCUGUGCAAAGGAUGAGAACCCGGCUGAGUACAUCCUGGACGUCAUUGGUGCAGGUGCUACGGCAACAACAGACAUUGAAUGGCACGACGUUUGGAAGAAGUCGCAGGAAGCGCAGAAUGGCCGUGGACGUCCGCCUGUCCAGGCGUCGAUGACCGGCGCAUUCCCGACGAGAUGGGGCUACCAGCUGUGGACUCUGCUCAGCCGUGACGUUCAGCACCGCUGGCGUGACCCAUCCUACAUGGUGGCGAAGCUCGGUGUCAACAUCGCUUCUGGUCUGCUUAUCGGUUUCACUUUCUUCAAGGCGAAGGACAGUAUCCAGGGCACGCAGAACAAGCUGUUCGCAAUCUUCAUGUCGACCAUCAUCUCCGUACCGCUCUCGAACCAGCUGCAGGUGCCGUUCCUGGACUCACGCCAGAUCUACGAAAUUCGCGAGCGCCACAGCAGCAUGUAUAGCUGGACUGCGUUCCUCACCUCCCAGCUCCUCGUUGAGUUGCCGUGGAACAUCCUCGGCUCGACGCUGUACUUCCUAUGCUGGUAUUGGACCGUCGGCCUCCCGAGCGACCGCGGCGGAUUCACAUAUCUCAUGCUAGGCAUCGUCUUCCCGCUAUACUAUACAAGCAUUGGCCAAGCCGUAGCAGCGAUGUGCCCGAACGCGGAGAUCGCGGCGUUGGUGUUCAGCUUCUUGUUCUCGUUCGUGCUGUCCUUGUGAGUAAUUCUGCCGUACAUGUGUCGGUCUUGGUUUGAUGUGGCCUGCAGCAAUGGUGUCUUGCAACCUUUCCGGGAACUCGGCUGGUGGCGGUGGAUGUACCACCUCUCGCCGUUCACGUACCUCGUCGAGGGCCUGCUUGGACAGGC